GAGAGUCACUUCUUUGCAUACUAUCAGUGGGUUUAUGGUUCUCACCAGUUCUAUUCUACAGUUCUAAAACACUGUUCUCAGACCUGCUGAAGAAAUCAUGACAUCACCUACUCUGGAAGCCCUCCCUUCAUCUCACCUCCUACCCUCCAUCCUUCCUUCCCUCCCUAUUCCCUCCUCCCAUUCUCCUUCUCUCUUCCAUAGCCACACUAACCGUCCAGUGCAGGUACAGACAGACAGGAUAGUGUAUCCACACCGCACUAUGUUGCUGUCCUGUGUGCUCCUGGCUCUGGCCCUGCUUCCUCCCCCAGUAAACCCCAGUGUGGACUCCUCCUUCAGGGAAUGCAGCCAGUUCCUGUACCGGGGCCUGGCCCCAAGGGGCCUCCAGGGGACUCUGGGCCUCCAGAAGGUUUGCCAGCAUUACGGGGACAAGGCGCGCUACGCCACCCUGUACGACCCAGCAGGCAGGAUCCCCCUCUUCUCCGCCUACACCUUUAAACGCUCCAAUGGUGAGAGCAGGGAAGGUCUGCCCUGGAUGUACGAACCACAGCUGUCCAGUGGCUCUGGGACAGGUAACAUGCAGCCCUUUCCCCGUUCUCCCUCCAGCCUCCUGGCCCUAGAGGAGAGCCAGGCCGUGCUGGCCGACUACUCCUACGCAGUCGUCUACGAGCGUGGCCAACUGAACCCCGACCAGCACCAGGCCAGUCCUGGGGACAAGGCCUCGACCUACACCCUGACCAACGUGGUUCCCCAGGCUAAGGAGUUCCUCCACCACCACUGGCUACCCUACCUGGAGGACAUCCGCAAACGCCUCAACAACUAUUGUCGCGGAACGGCUUACGUCAUCAGUGGCGUCACCACCACUGGCAACACCAUCCGGAGAGGUAACGUUAACCGGGUGGGGGUACCGAAACAUCUGUGGACAGCCUACUGCUGUCCUGAUUUUGAUCUCAGCACGCCGUAUGAGCUCAGGUACAAGUUCCCUACUUACGCAGCCUACGGGCUUAAUGACGUGGUAGAUAACGCGGUCACGGAGACGUCGACGAAGAGCGUGGAGGCGUUGGUGAAUAGAGAGAUGGCUGUGGAUCAGGACUUCCAGCUGUUCAAUGGAAACUGUGUCCCUGAAAUGUGAACGGUUAUGAGAGUGAAUAUCAAGAGACAAUCUUUUAAAGAGAGAGAGAUGGGGGGAGAGAGAGAUCGAGGGAGAUGCUCCUGCCACUGAAAAUAUAAAUGAUAUAGUGAUAUUUAUGAAAUGACUAAC